AUGAAGAUGAAGAAGAAGAGAACUUGCCUCGAAUCUAUGAAAAAGAAGAGAAAGAGUUGUAUCAAAUCUGAUUUUUACUUACCAGAUGAUUGCUGGGAGCAUGUGUUCACAUUCAUCAUCAACCCCAUCGACGACAUAAAGAAACUCAACUUCAAAUCCCUAUCUCUCGUCUCUAAACAAUUUCUCUCCAUCACCAACCAUCUCAUAUUCUCUAUGAAACUUGAUCAUCUACAUCUUUCUUAUCUCCCUUGUUUCUUCCAUAGAUUCUCCAGCCUUAAUUCCCUUGACCUCUCGUUCGGUUCUUGUUAUCUUGACUCCUCCCAUGCAGCCACUGCUUUGGCUCUCCGUGACAGAUCAACUUUGAAAUCUUUAUCUAUUUCCUGGAUUAUGCUGACGGAUGCAAACCACACUACUUUACAUUACAUUGCUUCCUUCGUCAGUUUGAAGGGUUUAAAUUCUCUUAAGUUUUUGAGUUCACGCAUCUCUGAUGAUUUGCUUUACUCUAUCGCAAGAGAAGCUCUUCCUUUGAAGACUUUUGUUCUUGAAAGUUGUACCGGAUAUAGUUACCAAGGGAUUUAUGCUUUAUUAUCCAAGUGUCACUGGAUACAACAUUUGGGUCUUCAAGGGGUUGAUUUUCUAACCAAUCAUCAAUUUUCCCAAUUGUCUUUGCUUCUUCCUGAUUUGGUAUCUAUAAAUCUUAGUUACUGUUUCAAACUCCCACAAUCAACUUUGUUUGCAUUCAUUAAGAAUUGUCAUUCACUUGAUGAGAUCAAGAUGCAUUACAUUGAGAGACGAAGUCUAGAAAAUUCAGAUACUUUAAAAGAUUUUCAUGUCAACCCUCCAUUAAAGUUUCUAAAUUUGUCUCACAAUUUAUUUAUAAACGAUGAUAUUAUCAUACUGCUUGCUUCCAUUCUUCCCAAUUUGCAACUUCUUGAUUUGACUUGUUGCUAUCAUAUAUCUGAAAAAAGUAUUUGCCAAGUUCUAAGUAAAUGUUGUAAGGUUAGACAUCUCUACUUGACCGACUGUAAAAAUGUGAGAGAACUUCAAAUCAACUCUGUACUUCAUCGGCUAGAGACGUUGAACUUGUCUGGUACAAGGGUUAAUGAUAAAACACUCUAUGACAUCUCAAAGACUUGUUGUGGACUUUUGAAACUAGCACUAGCAGGUUGUAAAUAUGUCACGGAAAAGGGAGUCAUGCGUGUGGUUGAAAAAUGCAGAAACUUGGAAGGGAUCUAUUUGAGUGGUUGUGAUAAUGUGAAUGUUGAUGCUAUGAAGAUCUCAAUGCUUUCAUCAAAUCAAUCAUUAGAAAAAUACAAUUGCUCUGAUUUUGCUCAACUUCGACUCAUGUUUUGA